CCCACCUUCGCCCCGUUCUCCCCACCUUCGCCCACGUUUUCCCCACCUUUGCCCCGUUCUCCCCUUCUGACUCCUUGAUUCUGGCCUUAUUCAUCAUCAUUAUCUGGGCUCUGGGGUCUCUUCACUUGGUCUGAGGUCAUCACAAACAUGCAACACGGCUCCUGCCUUGAGCCCAACCGCCAAAGACAAAGGGCACACUUUCAAGAUCUCUCCUUAUUGAAGUGUGAAGCAAACUGAAAGCUUAUUUUAAGUGCUGACAGAGAGACAUGUGAAAACCACAAACACCCGACCCUGAUGAGCUCAAAACCAAAAGGAUGACCUCAUAUUUGACACUUUCAAAGCUGGAAGGUUGUAGCCCAAGGCAAAAAGCUUCUUCUUGACAAACGGGUAAAGACGUAGAGGAUUUUGUCUCAGUAGCUGCUGAUUGUUUGUUUAAAAAAAAAACCUGAAAAGAAAAUUCAAGAACAACAUUAUUUCUCUGUUGCUCUGGUGAGAAAAAUCUUGUUUUUUAUACAGAUAUUUGUUGUUUUUAAUUUUUUUCUUAAUAAUGCUCAAAUUGAUUUUUUGUUUUUCAAGGUGAAAUUGUAGUGUAGGCUACUCCUUGUGUAAAAAGUUUAUGAAAAAACAUUUGCACAUAUAAUUAAUCUCCAAAUUCCGGUUUGCUUCCUGCAGUUCCAGCGCUGUCUGCUUUAUUUAAGAGCAGUUUUAAUAAAAACCUUGGAACCUUUUUCUUAUACUUCCACAGAGAGAUGAAGAAUGCUUGUAGCGGUUUAAUGGCAGCUCUGUCUGUUGUUGCGCUGUGUUACUCUAUGUUACUGAGUUCCAUCUGUUUUUCAGGAGUUUUGGCUGAUUGUAAUUUACCUUCACAUCUUUCCAUCUCUGCACCAAAGAAGAUAAAAGCCUUGAGUGGAUCCUGUCUGAUAGUCCCAUGCAAUUUCACUGUGAAACUAGAAAAAGACUUGGAGGAAAAGGAAGGAAUCCUCGGACUGUGGAUCAGAAGUUAUUCACUUUCCUAUCAUCCAAAGCUUGUUAGCAGCAAUGAAACAACAAACCAAAGUAAGAGGAAGAUUCUUGGAAACCUGAAAGAAGAAGACUGCACCACUCAGUUUUCUCAUCUAGAAAAGAUUCCUCCAAACAUAUAUUUCUUCCGAAUUAAGAGUAAGACAUUGGAUGCAAUAGCUAACUGUGAUCCGGUACAAAUAAUAGUUACAGAUUCUCCUCAGAGUCCCAGCAUUGAAAUCCCAUCUGAUCUAAAGGAGGGGGCGUCUGUCUCCAUCACCUGCUCGGCUCCCACUCCCUGUCCUGACUCCCCUCCUGAACUCACCUGGAAUCUCCAACCAGACUCUCAGGGAAAAACGGCGAAAAACACGGAUGGAAGCUUUACGACUAAAAUCAAGAAGAUCGUCAUUCUGUCAGACACUCAUGAUGGCUUAAUCAUCAUCUGUUCUGCCAGAUAUCCUGUGAAUGAAGGACCACCAAAGACAGCAGAGACACACAUGACUCUCGGUGUUUCAUAUGCUCCUAAGAACACCUCAGCAUCUAUCAGUCCAGCAGCUGUAGUGUCAGCAGGUAGCUGGGUGACGAUGACCUGUUCCAGCAGAGCCAGGCCUGCUGUCAUCAACUUCAGCUGGUUCUGGAGCAGCAAAGAUGGAGAUGUGAAAGUAGCUGAAGGAGAAUCUUACAGCCUGAAUGUCACGGGAGGAGGAGUUUAUUACUGUGUGGCUACAAAUGAUCUGGGGAACCAAACGUCCCCAAAGAUUGAUCUAAACACUGCAGAUAAUCUAGAGUUCUGGAUUGUUAUCCGUGUUUCCCUGAAGAUCCUGGCAAUCAUAAUUCUCUACAAUACACUCAUCAUCUUUCAAUGCAUCUUUUCAUCAAGAAGAUCCGGCUAACCUGAGGAAAUGAACUGAAAACCAAACUAAAUACCCUUGUGGGUUAAAAGGUCAAGCAUUAAUAGCCUGGACAACUGCUGUCUAGGAUUUGGUGUGAUCUUAUCUCAAAGGAACACAUUAAAGAGCAUCCAUCCAUUUCCAGAAGCUAUUGAAUCCCUUUCGGGGUCAUGGGGUCGCCGGAGCCAACUCAGCUACUGUCGGGUGAAGGCGGGCUUCACCCCGAACAGGUCAACAGUCUUUUGCAGAGCCACAAAUAUAUACACACUCACAUGCACACCGAGGGGCAAUUCAGAGACACAAAUUAACUUAUGAAGCAUGUUUUUUUGGACUUUGGGAGAAAGUCAGAGUGCUCAGAGAAAACCCACACAUGCACGGAUUCCUUGCAUGCUGGCUGUUAGAAAUCUGGAAAGUAGACAAUCAGAGCACAGUUUUAAUGGGCAUCCAAUGGACGGCCUACAGGCACUUAAGUAUCACGUGCAUACACAUGCGUGCGACACUUGCCCGGGGUUAGUGGGGAGGGCACCACAAUUAUAGGUUCCCUUUGCUUGGCGUCCCUUAAGGUAACCACACAAGCCUCCAGGGAGGGAAGUGCAAGAUACACCUGCACUCCCCUUAAAAUACGGCUGGUCCUCUCUACUACCCUUCACUGGCUCGGACAACCCAAAAACCCGCAACACUCAUCCAGAUCAAACCAUGUUCGGUGCAUGGGACUGAGGCUUUAGUUCGAUUGGUGAGUCUUACUUUGGUAAAUGGCGUAUACUUAUAUAGCUUUUUUCUACCUUCAUCGAAAUUGUCCCUAGUUGUAACUGUGAGUGUGUGUAGUUGUUUGUCUGUGUGGCCUUGCAAUGACCUGCACUGACUGGGAUAGGCUUGGGAUGGAAUACAGUAAAUAUAAUGUUUUUUUCUUUUAUCAAGAAAUGAAAAUGUUACAAAUAAAGUGUAAAAGUAAUUUUACAUCUAUUACACACAAAAGCAACUCAUUUCUUUCCAAAACACUGGUCUCAAAAUCCUACAUUUUAUCUUUGUAUCCUUGUUGUGAGAGGCUUAACGUUCACAAAGCUUUGUGCUGAAAUUAGCAACAUUCAUCCAAAUGUACAUCUCUAUGAUGCCAUUGUCCAGGUCAUGUUCUGGCAAUAGUCCAUUAACCUAAAUUCUCUUUUUCAAAUAGUGUAACGUGAUUUUUUUAAAUUAAUUUGUAUGUACACCUACACCACAAGCAAUGUAAUGGAACAAAUUCUACACUCAUCAGUAAUCAAAGUUAAAGGCUGCUGCUGCUGCUGCAUGUUUAAGUUGCGGUUGAUCAGAUGGGAGGACAGAAGAGUUGAUGUCAUGUUGAAGAGCCCAGCAUUCUAACUUAACAGACAUCCGAGCCCUUAAAAGUCAACUUUUUUAAUGAAUUUUUAAUAAGAUUUGUUCUGCCAAUAGAUUUUUAGAACAGAAAUUUAGACCUGUGUCAAUUAUUAAAUGUUUUUUUACGCUCUUAUUGAGGAAAGUGUUAAAGAAUAGAAAAUAGAGCCAAGUCACAUGUUUUGUACUCUUGUUACACGAGCCACUAAAUGUGCUGAAUAAAAGCUAAAGGGAAAACUGAAUUGAUGUUUCUCUUACACUUUAACACACAAAAAGA